GCAUCGUCGGACGUGCAUCGUGUCGGUCGAGUCGCCGCUCGUGUGUGCGAGCCAAUCGAGACAUGUGAUUCGAACCCGUCGCGAUCGCCGGGAAGGAUGAAGUAGAAAAUGACGAGGAGAUAUCCCACGAUCGUGGACGGCCUAAAGUGGUAAGGAUCGAUCGUCGCGCGCGGCAUAUCGAUCCAGAGAGAUCGCGAAUUCGGGGGACGUACGAGAGCAGACAUCGGUGAUGUCUUGGAGUGAUAUCUCGAGACGGAGAGGCGCGAAUAUCAUCUCUCUCGAUAUAAUUACGGUUAAAGGGCAGAGAGUCAAGAAGAACGCGCGGGGGUUCUCUUCGGAGCGAAGCCGGAACUGUCAAUAUAACGCCGGAUCCAUGACAUCCUCACCUGGAUAUCCUGUCGAAUUUUUUCCGAAUUGAUACUUUUUCCGAUAAUCGAAUUCCACCGAAUGGAAGAUUCGCGACAUCCGAACAGAUAUUUCGAAAAUCAGACGCGGCCCGACGUUUCUCGCGAAGGACAUCGAGUCGGCAGAAGAUUGUGCAAAAACUUUUACGAACGUUCAAGUUUAAGUGCAGAAGAGUUACGAUAAAAACAGUGCUUGAUACAGUCGAGUCCGUAACACAAAUCGUCAAAAUUUGUGAUCGACAAGUGGAGGAUAAGGAUUUUACGAAGUUACAGCGAGAUUCGAUAUAAUAAUUUGUAAAGAAAGACGCAAUUAUCAAGAGAUUCAGAGAAGAUAAUUAUUAAUAUAAAGCGAGAGAUCCGAGUGGCGAUCAGUGGCUUUAAGGAAGGGAGGAACAGUGGUGGCUGUGUGGUAACUUAAAAGAAUGGCGGAAGACUCUUUUCGCCGGAAAACCAGAUCGGCUUCGAUUUGUGCCCCUGGAUUUUCCAGCAUGGAACAAAUGUUGGAAGCAAUGCCACCCUCGGGAGCUCGCGACAGGGAAAGAGGGGAGCGGGAAAGGGACAGCGGUAGUGGGACACCGGAUGGCAGUACACCCACGAGAAGACGAAGACCGGCUACAAGAUCCCAGAGCGCCCGUGUUUCCGGCGGAAAUAAAAGCAUCCGACGCCGUGCCGCCGCUCAAGCCGCCGCUCAUCAUCAUCACCAUCAUGAGCCGAGCAUGAAGUCGGCCCACUGCAGCAGUGAGCCCAGAUUGACCGAGAAUGACGUCAGUCCGGGGAUCAGGAGACGAGGGAGCCGAAGGGGGCAGAGUAUGCACCACACGCAUCAGAGGAAGAGCAACGCCUUCCUGGAUGUGCCUGACGUCUCGUCUCAGAUGCCACCGCGGGAGGAAGGCGAGGACGAGGAUAGUUACAGACUCCGUAGCUUCAGUCUUACCAGCAAAGGUGUCGUCAACAGAGGAGAUUCAUUUAGGAGAAGAAGAUCGAGAUCAAAUUCUCUAGCGCCUGCCGAUCAGGAGAACGAGGAACGACGACUGCCGCCCAAGGAAGUAGCUUCACACACCGUCGCUAUGUUAGGUACAAGGGGAGUUGGGAAAACCGCCCUUAUCAGUCAGUUUAUGACCAGCGAAUGUAUAAAUGCCUACGAUAGACAAAGAGACGUGCCGAGCGAGCAGUCUGUUUUUGUGAUGCUGAAUGGUGAAGAAAGCGAGCUUAAAUUUUUAAACAUCACUAAUCUCAAGUUAAUAAAUUUCACGCAGACCGAAUUGGAAAAAAUGCCAUUGCCAGACGCUUUCGUCGUAAUGUAUUCGGUGAUCGACAAGGCGUCCUUUCAAAGGGCUGAGGAAUAUCUCGCUCGACUUCACGAUCAAGAUCUUCUUCGUGGUAGACCGGCUAUUCUGGUCGGGAACAAGGUCGAUUUGGUUCGUUCCAGAGUGGUUUCGCCCCAGGAUGGAAAGUGCUUGGCAUGUACCUACCGCGCGAAGUUCAUUGAAGUGUCGGUGGGCAUCAAUCACAACGUCGACGAGCUUCUGGUUGGCAUACUCAACCAGAUCCGUUUAAAGGUGGUCCAGGGUAACCAGGAGCACCGAAACAGCGGUGGCAGCGAGGGUAGCGCUCAUUGGUACAAAUCCAGAGGCGUCGUGCGCGCCAGCAUGAAAGCCAGGCAGAUGCUGACUUGGCUCUUCGGCAAGGAAGAUAGUAAAUUCAAGAAUUGCGAGAACCUCCAUGUACUUUAAGUCACUGCGAUAAAAAAGAAAUCGCAGUCGGGCUGCCCGACUACUGUUUUAUUAGUACGUAAGUACGACAUGACUCAAGAAAUCCCUUUCCCGACGGAAACUUUAUUAGAAUUCGAGAGACUUUUGAGAGAAUUUCCGCGCGUCGGGAAAGGUUCGCGAGAAUGUAGUCUGAAUGUGCGAAACUGGAUGCAUCUUUGAGUUAACAAUAUGUAUGUAGCUUAAAGUUUUUAGAAUCAAACGUUAAGUAUUCGCUAUUGAUAGUGUUUACGAGAGAGUAUCUCGUAAUCCUAUGGGAAAAGGCGAAUAUUUGGUCCGUGGACCAAAAUGGAUACAAUUAGCAUCGGGUUAACAAAGUGCCAAUUAGCGAAAAUUAUAACGCGCACCGCGCGCACGGUAUCUGGGGAAAGGAAAAUGUCGCUCGAUUCCACGCUCGUUUAACUAGAAUUACCUCGUGAGAAAUGCGAGUGAUUAACCCUUUCAGGCUCAGGUGUGACUGAGCGUUGCUUUUCAGUAACUUUCUCAUAAACUUUGUCCUCCUUUUUUUUGAAAGAUUAAGUAGCGCUAUUAAAUUAUUCGUUAAUGUCUUUCACUCAAGCAAUGCUGGAUAUUCAGAUCACUCGUGACAAAUUAUAUGUAAUUUUAUUUAUAAAAUAAUUUAGAAUUGAAGAAAUUAAUCUUCUGACAAUUUCCGUUACACAUUUCUCGUUGCUUGUUUUAUCUGAUCUUAUUUUUCGUUAGCAUUCUACACUUGUUAAGGAGAAAGCUCUAGCAAAAUAAUUAAGCAUAUUAUACGUCGCGCAUUUUCAAUUUUAUAAUAUGUAAUUAUGAGUGGUGCUGAAUCUGGCGGCCCUUAAUAACGCAAUCAAAAGUUCAAAUCAAUCAUAACGAUAAGGAAUAUGGACUAAAACUGGACCAUGGCGCGAAUUAAUCGCCCUUAAGUUUACGAUCUUACUGUACGAUAAAAUCAAUUAAUCUUCUGAUUUAAUACACGUAUAUACGAAACUUACGUAUAAACGUAUACUCGUGCAAGCAUGUUCUAUAUAAACAUAUCCAACGUGUACAUCCCUCUAUCUAGUCCCUCCAUUGACGAGUGUUGAUUCUACUACAUGGUGUUGCAAACAAAAUACCGUCGCUAUUCUCGCCUCGCUAAAUUGGCUUGCAUCGCUAGUGCCAUUAAUUUCUCGCGUACCAACAGGCUUCCCGCGGCUCGUUAUUGUGUGUAUAAGGCCAACUUGUGCAAUAUGCUAAUGUUACUUGACAUUAAGUUGUACAUAAAAGUCAUGAGGUUACUUUGCUAUCUAACAGUGUUUGUUACGGUUAGAAAACAUAUAGUGUAAAGCUGCCUAUAUAUAUGUUGCUAAAAUGUUUCCUACGCCAUUGAGCGAAUCUAUAUAUAUGUCGCGUGCGUGCGUGCAUAAUUUUUACCAUCUAUAUUUCAUGAUAGAUAAUUACAUCGAUUACGUAUUUCAAUUCCAGAUACGUUAAACGUUAUUGUACAACCGCGUAAUUAAGUAACUUUUAAUUAGCGCGGUUUGAGGUCUGACUCUAUAAAUUCCUUAAUCGAAUUAUUCUAUUAAUUAUUUUGUAAUCCGUUAUUUUGUACCGAUAUGUGUGAUACCAAUAUUGAUAUAGUACAUAAUUUACGCGGCAUUUUGUGUGCAAUAUUCUGCCGCAGUGGAAAUGAAAUCUAUAGCAUUGCGUGUUUUCCUCGCACGCGCCGUGAGAGAAUGGGUACAGCGUGUGUAUCCAGAAAACUAUAGUCUUCUGAAGAGAGAGAGAGAAAUAUCCUUUUUCGAAUCUUUAAGGAGAGUGUCUAAUAAAAGCUGUCUAUUUUCUGCGAUCUCUAUGCCUGUGUAUCCGAAUUAAUACGAAUGUAGCGUAAAAUCCGAGUGCAUAGAAUCCUCUGUACACCUACAUGACGGGAACAAUGUGCGAAUGACGUGCAAAUUUGCCCUCCUCGUGUGAACCUUUCAUUGUCCCUAGACUGUGUAUAGAAGAAAUUAACGUUUCGGAUUACAGUAAUACCUAAAUUAUGGACUUCCUUUCUCUUGUUGCAUGAAAUAUAUUUCGAAAAGUGUUUUUGACUCUUAACGAUCCAAAUAGAACUCAACAAGUUUCUUCCGGCAUUCUUCGUUAUCGUCGUUAUCAUCGUCAUUCAAUUAAUUCGAUCGCAUUAGCGUGAAAUGCGAGUUGUGACGAACACGCUGUGUGAAAUUUUGAGUUUAAGGAUUUAUCCCGAAAUGUUUCUCUCAGCCGAGGAACCGAAAAUUUUUACCAAGUGCCUUCGCGUAUUUUUGUAAUUUAAGCUAUAACUCAGUGUAAGCCCCAUGAGUAUCGCACUGUAUAAUCUAUUAUUAUACAUAUAUUAUCGAUAUAUUUA